UAUUGUUAGACAACUUCCAAAGCUCGAGAAGUAAACUACUUACGAAAAAAAAACAAUAUGCAGAAACUCAUCGUUUUGACCGCCUUCCUGGCCUGCGCCGCUGCCGCUCCCGGCGUCCUAGUCGCCCACGAGGCCCCCGUCGUCCACUCCCUGCACGCCAUCCCCGUGGUGGGCUCCAAGACCACCAUCACCAAGAGCAGCCAGGUCGUCAACCACGGCAGCCCAGUCGUGCACGCCGUGCACACCCCCGUUGUGCACGCUGCGCCUGUCGUGUCCGUGCACUCCGCGCCCGUCGUCCACGCUGUCCACGCCGCCCCUGUCGUCCACGCCGUCCACGCCGCUCCCGUUGUGCACGCCGCUCCCCUGGUCGUGAAGACCGCUCCCGUCGCCGUCGCUCACAGCAGCUCAGUUGUUCACCACGGGCAUGUCGUCAAAUCCGUCCCCCUGAUCGCUGUCCAUCAUUGAUUGGAUAUUUAGAAUAAAAUAAUUUAGUAGUUUUUAAAA